UACAUGUCAACGGCAUAAUCAGGCUAGAGAAAGAGAGUAAGCAACAGCUAAGUAAACCACUGGCAGGACAAACAGAAUCACUCAGAUUUCGUUUUAUGUCAUGAGCGCAAACCUUCAGCCUCCAGGUUUUGUGUUGUAGUUUCACCCCCGGACCGAUCGCAAGUUUAGACCCCAGAAUGUCCUGCUGUUUGCUGGAGUUCUGUCGGGUCCAGGAGCUCCGGCCAGUCCGGGAGUUCCUGUUCCCCAACCUGCGGACCACCGCCUCGGAGAAUAACAACAAGAACAAACCUGAUGAGGAGAUGAACUGGGAGGACACAGACUGGGGCUCGUGGGACACUGCCGACGCAAAGGAUGGCGUUCCGGUUGAGGAGGAAAGUGUGUCUCAGAGCCCUCCCUGGCUGCAGGACUGUGCGGUGUCUCUGUCCCCCUGCUCGGACCUGCUGGUCAUCGCCCGCGAACACAAGGCUGUGUUUAUGUCUGCAAAAUGGCGGACGGACGAGGCGGGGCAGGAGGAGAUGACACUGGCGGUGUCUUGGAGUGGAACCCUGAGCACAGAGGAUGGGGAGUGUGUGAACAGCGUGAUCUGCAUCCCUCUGGCGAGUCAGAAGAGGAGUUCGACGGGCCGGCCCGAUUGGACCUGCGUAGUGGUGGGCUUCACCUCGGGAUAUGUGCGCUUCUACACAGAGAGCGGGGUGCUGCUGCUGGCUCAGCUCCUGCAUGAGGAUCCUGUCCUGAGGCUGAAGUGCAGGACCUACGAGAUCCCGCGGCACCCAGGAGUCACGGAACAGCAUGAGGAGCUGAGUAUCCUCUACCCUGCGGCCCUCGUCACCAUCGAUGGCUUCAGCCUCUUCCAGUCCCUCCGUGCCUGCAGGAACCAGGUGGCACGAGCGGCAGCAGCGGGAAGUGACACCGUGCAGCCUCCUCCUCUGGCCUAUAAGAAGUGGGGCCUGCAGGACAUGGACACCAUCGUGGACCACAGCAGCGUGGGUGUCAUGACCCUGUGCGUGUUUGACCAGAUGAAGAAUGCCUCCAUCCUGGGGGGCUUCCACGCCUCUGUGAAAGGCAGCCCCCCCGCCAUGUGCCAGUACGUCGCCGUGGGCGGUGGCCCCUUCACCGGGUUCUACUACGCGAUCGAGGGCAGCUCUCAGCCUCUCCUCUCCCAUGUAGCUCUCGCUGUGGCCAGUAAACUCACCUCUGCUCUCUUCAGUGCAGCCAGCGGCUGGCUGGGCUGGAAGAAUAAAAGUGAGGAGGAGCCGGUGCAGAAGCAGAAGCCCAAAGUGGAGCCAGCCACGCCCCUGGCAGUCAGGUUCGGCCUGCCGGACUCCAGGCGCCACGGCGAGUCUGUCUGUCUGUCCCCCUGCUACACGCUGGCUGCCGUCACAGACGACUUCGGGAGGGUCACCCUGCUGGACCUGGGCAGGGGCAUCGCCAUACGCAUGUGGAAGGGGUACAGAGACGCUCAGCUGGGCUGGAUUCAGGUGUGUGAGGGUAGAGGGGAGGGAGAGAGCGUCUCCCCCACCUUCCCACGCCGCCACGCCCAGUUCCUGGUGAUCUACGCUCCCCGCCGGGGUAUCCUGGAGGUGUGGGGCACGCAGCAGGGCCCCCGCGUAGGAGCCUUCACCGUGGGGAAGCACUGUCGCUUGCUGUACCCCGGUUACAGGCUGAUGGGGGUGAACAGUGUGACCAGUCAGGGCUGGCAGCUCCACACUCAGCAGGUGUGUCUGCUGGACCCCACCACUGGAGUGCUGAGGACCAUCACUGUCCCCUUUCACCUGGCUCUCAGUGAUAAGAAGAGUGAGCGAGGGAAGGACAUGCACUUGCUGAAGAGGCUGAACACCCUGUUGAGGAGCCAGGAGGUGGAGCCAGAUAUCCUGGAGAGUGAAGCCCAGAGUGCCCUCUUGGACAUCAAGCACCCUGCUAUUAAGAAGCAGGCGCUGGAGUCAUUGCUGGCCAAUAAGAACGCACCUGUCACGUGCCUGGCUAACAUCACUCGUGCCCUAUUGGACAGCCUGAAGGGACAAGAUCCUGAGGCAGUGGAGGAGGGUCUCCUGCAGCUCUGUACCUCUCAGCUGAAGCUGCUGCAGCUCUACACCGACAUCCAGUCCCUCCACUCUGCCAGCUCCUCAGGCCCCAGCACUGAGGCUGACGCUGAACUGACCAACCAGAUUCAGCAGGAUGUAGCCCGGAUCCAGCCAAUCCUGCAGUGCUACACGGAGCUGAUGUCCCGCCCCUCCGUCUCCUUCGCCCAAGACGCGGGGGGUGUACUUCCUGUGCGCCGCUUCCUGUCCCUGCUGGAGUGUGAGGCUGGGGGCGCGGUGCGGGUGGCCAGGGGUCAGGAGGCCGAUUGGACAAGGCUGGGGAGCUUUUUUUUCUGGGGGUGUCUCUGUGGGGAGAGCCCCAUAACGCAGGUGUGUGACACCCUGCAGAACUCUGGGAUCAGCCCCCAGCAGCUGCUGUCUCUCCUGCUCAGUGUGUGGCUGAACAGAGAGAGGGAGGUACUGAAGAGACCUGAGGCCAUCAGCCACCUGCAGGCCCUGCUCACCGCCCUCAGCAGCAUGCCAGGAGCUGUGGACAAGUCGUGGGACCUGCAGUGUGUCUCCCCCUGGUGGCAGCAGGUGCGCACGGCGUGCUCUCAGUCAGAGAACGCCGGCGCCGCCCUGCUGGCUGCGCUGGUGGCCCACAGGUCUGCCAAGAGCUCCAUCACGAGGCUGGCAGAGAGUAAGUUCCAGUCGGAGUGGGAGGCCGUGUCCCUGGAGCUGGAGCACUGGGCGGUGUGUGUCAGACAGCUGGAGGACCUGCUGGCCCUGCACACUCUGCUCUGCCUGCCAUGCCCCCGCGGCUCACCAGGGGGCGCUCCUGUGCGCUGCUCCGUCAAGACCCUGCUGGAGAGUGGCAGAGGUGGGGUGGCGGACAGCGUGGCGAAGUGGGUGUUCCGGCAGGACUUAGCACCAGGGCUACUGAAGGAGGCCUUACAGCGGAGGGGGCAGGGACACAGCCAGGAACAGCCUGCAGAGGAGGGGGAGGGAAACACAGAACAGCCCCAUGAGGAGAAGAGCGAGGAGGAGGAUGACUUCCACAGAGCAGCAGAGCUGCUGCUCUCUGUGUGUGAGCGGUUCCCGGAGUCUCUCUCUCCUGACCUGCUGUUCUCACACUGCUGCUGGGAGUAUGUGGUGCAGUGGAACAAGGACCCUGAGGAGGGCCGUUACCUGGCCUGGGCAGUGGAGCACCUCAGGCUGGUCACCAGCCCACACAUCCAGCAAGGCAUUGCGGUGAUGAUGUGGAACACCUUCAUCGUGAAGCGUUUCUCUGCGGCUGCCUUCCUCAUGGAGAAGGUGGGGAAAGCACCAAAGGACCGCUUGUGUCGACGGGAUGUGGGGAUGGGAGAAAACGCUCUGACCUCCUUCCUGGGCUCCUGCUCUCAGCUGCUGCAGACUCUCAUAGAGGCGGACGCCGGCCUGGACGAGGUGUCUGCGCCGGAGCUGUGUGUGGAGGAGGUGUGGGGGGGGGCGGAGGGCCCCGCCUCCAUCGCGGAGCUGGCGCUGGAGCAGAGGGGGGUGCACUACCCGCUGGUGCAGCACCACUGCCUGCUGGCUUCCCUGCUGCACGCCGCCAGCGCCUUCAGGGUGCGCGGGGUUAAACCCCUCAGCCUGUUCGACAGCAAGGGGAAAAACGCCUUCUUCAAGGACCUGACCUCCAUCCAGCUGAUGCCCAGUGGGGACCUGGACCCCGGCCUGGUGUCCCUGAGGCAGGAGUUCCUGUUGAAGGUGCUGACGGGCUGGGUUCAGGCUCAGGGUGAGGCAGCUGAGGCGGUGUCGUGCUCAGAGGCGGGGCCCCUGGACGACUCGUGGCCCUCGCUGUGCCUGGACCUGGGGCCCCUGCUGCAGGUGAACCCCGAUGUCCUGCGGAGGCACCUGGUGUGUGAGCUGUACAGCCAGGGCCUGGACCUGCGGGCGGAGCAGGUGAUGUUGGAGGUGGAGGAUAAGGAGGUUCUGGGCUCCCAGCUGCUGGUUCUGACGGGUCAGCGCUUGGCCUACGCUCUGCUGCACACUCAGACCCGGCCCGGCAUGGAGCUGCUGGCCCGCCUGCCCCCCAUGCUCUGCACCUGGCUCAAGGCCAUGGACCCCGGCGGUCUGCGCUGCCCCUCCGUCCCCCUGGCCUUCAGCAGCCGGCUGGUGAGCCGCACCGUGGAGGUGCUGCCAGAGAGCCACGCCCAGUACAACCUCGCCCUGCACCUGCUGGAGGCUGUGGACCUGCUGGAGGGAGAGGCCUGAGAGAGGAGAGUCUGAGAGAGAGAGAGACCGAGAGACAGAGGGUGGGGAGAG